GUGCCCCGGGUCCCGGAGCCCGCGGCCUGAGGGAUGGACGAGACGAGCCCACUUGUGUCCCCCGAGCGGGCCCAACCCCCGGACUACACCUUCCCGUCCAGCUCGGGCGCUCACUUUCCGCAGGUGCCGGGGGCCGCGGUCCGAUUGGCGGCGGCGGCCGGCCAGGCCCCCUCUCCGCCGGGCUCGCCAGGCCACGACCGGGAGCGGCAGCCACUGCUGGAUCGGGCCCGGGGCGCGGCGGCCCAGUGCCAGACCCAAACCGUGGCGGCGCAGGCCCAAGCCCUGGCCGCCCAGGCCGUGGCGGCGGCGCACGCCGCGCAGGCACACCGCGAGCGGAAUGAGUUCCCGGAGGACCCCGAGUUCGAGGCCGUGGUGCGGCUGGCCGAGCUGGCCAUCGAGCGCUGCAUCUUCCCCGAGCGCAUCUACCAGGGCUCCAGCGGGAGCUACUUCGUCAAGGACCCUCAGGGGAAGAUCAUUGCUGUCUUCAAACCCAAGAAUGAAGAGCCAUAUGGGCACCUUAAUCCUAAGUGGACCAAGUGGCUGCAGAAGCUGUGCUGUCCCUGCUGCUUUGGCCGUGAUUGCCUUGUCCUCAACCAGGGCUAUCUCUCAGAGGCAGGGGCCAGCCUGGUGGACCAAAAACUGGAACUCAACAUUGUACCCCGUACAAAGGUAGUAUACCUGGCCAGUGAGACCUUCAACUAUAGUGCCAUUGACAGAGUGAAGUCCAGGGGAAAGCGGCUUGCGCUAGAGAAAGUGCCAAAAGUUGGGCAGCGGUUUAACCGUAUCGGGCUACCACCAAAGGUUGGUUCAUUCCAGCUCUUUGUUGAAAGCUACAAAGAUGCAGAUUACUGGCUACGGCGUUUCGAAGCAGAACCUCUCCCUGAGAACACUAACCGGCAACUACUGCUGCAGUUUGAGCGGUUGGUGGUGCUGGAUUACAUCAUCCGCAACACUGAUCGAGGCAAUGACAACUGGCUGAUUAAAUAUGACUGUCCGAUGGAUAGUUCUAGUUCUCGGGACACAGACUGGGUGGUGGUGAAGGAGCCUGUUAUCAAGGUGGCUGCCAUAGACAAUGGGCUGGCUUUCCCCCUGAAGCAUCCUGACUCCUGGAGAGCAUAUCCUUUUUACUGGGCCUGGUUGCCCCAGGCAAAAGUCCCAUUCUCUCAGGAGAUCAAAGAUCUGAUUCUUCCAAAAAUAUCGGACCCUAAUUUCGUCAAGGACUUGGAGGAGGACCUAUAUGAACUCUUCAAGAAAGAUCCUGGUUUUGACAGGGGCCAGUUCCAUAAGCAGAUUGCUGUCAUGCGGGGACAGAUCCUAAAUCUGAGCCAGGCCCUGAAAGACAACAAGAGUCCCCUGCACCUCGUCCAGAUGCCGCCUGUGAUUGUCGAGACGGCCCGUUCCCACCAGCGGUCCGCUAGCGAUUCCUACACACAGAGCUUUCAGAGUCGGAAGCCCUUCUUUUCGUGGUGGUAGCCUGAGAGGCAGACAAAGGCAUAUUGUCUGAGACUUGGGCUGGGAGGAAGCCUGGGGAGUGGGUUGCAGGAAAAGCCAGAGAAGCCAGUGGAGAACAGUGCCCUUAAGAGCUCUCCCUCUCUGCUCAUCACCCCCCUCAGGGCUUUCCCAAGCACAGGGAGAAGCACAAUCAGAGGGACAGUCAGUGCUGUUGGGGCACUUCUGAGUGCUGGAACUCCAUGCAAGUAGUUCAGAUGCCAGGAAAGGAGCAUCUCCCUUCCAACGUCUCCUGGGGACAGGCUGGGAAAUUCCCCUCCCUCCCUGACACCCUGCUCUGUUUCAAUUCUUCAUUAUAUUCUGCAUCAGAAAAGCAAACAAACAACAAAAACAAAUUUAAAUACUAGUGGCGAACACAGGCAGAAUCCCAGAUCCUCUCAUGUCAGAAACCUCUAAUCCAGGGCCGUCCUAGUCGCGCAAGUGGUUAAGUGCGCGUGCUCCGCUGCGGCGGCCCGGGGUUUGCUGGUUCGGAUCCCGGGCGCACACCGACGCACUGCUUGGCAAGCCAUGCUGUGGCGGCGUCCCAUAUAAAGUGGAGGAAGAUGGGCAUGGAUGUUAGCCCAGGGCCAAUCUUCCUCAGCAAAAAAAAAAAAAAAAAAAAGGAUUGGCAGAUGUUAGCACAGGGCUGAUCUUCCUCACAAAAAAAAAAAAGAAAAAGAAACCUCUAAUUCAGACCUGUAUUUGCAUGGCCCAAACAGUCAGGUGCCUCACAGUUCCUUACUCCCAUGGACCAAGGCAGCUGGGUGACUCACAGUGCUGGGACAGACAGAAGUCACACCUACUUUGGGUUUUUGCCAAGUCUCCUUCCCCUCCCACCAGUGUGGUAGGAUGGCUGAGAGCCUGCAAACGCAAUUCUCAUGGCGGGAUACUUGUGCUCUAGACCUCUCCGCAUAUGAUCGCAUCGGCUCCUCUCUCUGCCCUGCUAGGGACCCGCCUCUCUGGUGCAGGCCUGCUGCUUGCCUGUCGCUCAGACAAAGGCAGGAGGGAGGAAGUUGACUCCCCCGCAGGUAAAAGUGAUCCACACGGCCCAGGUGUAUGCUGGGAGCUGUAACUGGUCUAUGGGUAAACUUAUUCCAGCCUUGCUUCCUGAGUCCUUGGCCCUAGCCAAAGGUGAGAAACUCUGCCAGUCCUCUAAUUUGUUUCUGUUGUUUUAGAUAUUUUUUCUCAACUCUUUUGACUUAGCGGUUCAGUUCUGGGUUCUGGGGGUGGGUCUCAGCUCAUAAGAGGACAGGAUAUUAGGUCCUUAGACUUCUUUUUAUGCUACACUGCUGCUUGGUGGAGGUGACAGGACUUGUAUUCUGCCUCCUAACUGGCAGCUUCCCUUUGCUCCCUGACUUCUUGUUCUAGGCCAGUUGUUCCAUGGCUUCUUGAGAAAGGUGGGGCCCAAAGGAGAGAGGCCUUCAAACUGUCCCCCAAUGCCUGCCCAGCUCAGUGUGCAUCUUCCUGCUUCCAUGUCUCUCUUCCCUCAGCUGUCCCCCUUGCCAGGUGUCCGAGCCCUUUCUACACCAAAGCAAAGAACGGCCUCAGGAGGGAGUAAGGAGGGUGCCUUCUGUGGCUACAGGGCAGCCCUAUGCUACUGGACACUUCAGGUUGCUGGCACCCUGCGAUUGGUCAGUCAGCCUUGGGAAGAAACUAUCUUGAAAAUUUGAAAAACAACCAAAGAAAGGGAGCAAAGACUAUGGCUGUGUGCCCUCUGCUUGCCCAGCUCCUGCCAUCCAGGAGGCGGAGUGGAGAUGUGCAGCCCUCUCAUCAGCUGGGCCAGGCUGGUCACCUUCCAUUCCAGCCCCCAGGAGCCGGCUUGUCUUGGGCUUCCACAGCUGACAGGAAGAGUCGCUGGGAGCUGGAGAUGCGUGCCCUCUGGACGAAGGCACAGCUCCCCCACUGGCCCCAACUCUGACAAUCCCAUUCAGCUGAACUGGACUCUGGCCUUGGGGGACCAUGUUUGUGAGGAUGCCUGCCCCUAGACUGCAGGAGCAGCAGGGCUCCCGGAGGUCAGAAGGGGACCCAGGUGUGUUUAGCUUUCCAUAGACAUCUUUACUCAAGUAUGUUGAUAAAUCUCCCCACCUGGGUGUCAAGAGAAGCUAAGCAGUCUCAAGAGGAGCGUGGUUGCUUCCCCUAGCCAAGCAGAUCUGCACAUUGCCCUCGUCCAGACCAGCUCUGUGCUCAGAAGAAAGUUGGGUCCAACAGAAGAGGGAGCUGGUCCCAGUCCUGGAAGGCAAACGAGUGCGGGCCGUUCUUUCCUGGCCUAGCUCCGUUCUCCUUGAAGCCUGUACUCAGGUUGCCUUGAAUGUGGUCUUUGGGAGAGCCAGGGGCCCAGAGUGCCAGGGCCGGUUUCUGGGUGGCACUCACAGAAUGGCCCGGCCCUCUGCCAGCCAUAGGCCCUGUCCCCCGGUGUCAGGGAGUAGAGGCUGCGCUGGAGAGUGCUGCUGCCUCUGUAUUGUUCUUCUAAUGCACUGUAGAAAUUGUAUGUAAUGUAUUUAAAUCAAUGCAAAUGUAUGAAUAACAAGGCCAGUUCUGACCUUU